AUGAACCCUCUAAGUCUUCAGUCGCCGGCGGCGCCCGUGUCCCCUCAUGGAUGGCCGCCGGACCCUAUAACAACCGGGGAGCAGCCUUUAGCUCCACCGCUAGAAGGGGAUAAGGAGGGGGUUUUGCCCCAGAAGGACCCCAAUGGGAUGGAGAUGCACGUUGACUCAAUCGCACCCGCUGGUUCUCCCUCCGGGAAUCUGAACGAGACUGCGCCGAACGAGUCCGCUAAAAGUUCCUCUCCAGCUCCCUUUCUCGCGUCGUACGCCGGUGUGGUGGCCGGCGGGAGCAGCUCACCCGGAGCGCCGAUAAAUCAAUGGAUACCCGUCGGAGAGCGCGAUCUAAUUCCGGGAACUUUCAACGGUGAGCCGGAGCUGACCAUUUCGGACGGUUUCAGGGCCAGACUUAGCGCUCCAUGGCAGAGAACGCUGGUAGUCCGUUUGCUGGGGCGGUCUAUUGGUUAUGCUUUUCUGUGCAAUCGUCUCAGGGCAUUGUGGCGUCCGACUGGCUCUAUGGACGUCCAUGCUCUUGAUCAGGACUUCUUUCUCGUCAAACUCGGGAAUGAUCAGGAUUACUACAAGGCUCUGACGGAUGGUCCGUGGACUAUCUUUGAUCACUAUCUCAUUGUCCAACAAUGGUCUCCAUCUUUUCGGGUUUAUGACAAGCUUCCAAGUACUAUGGUGGUUUGGAUUCAACUCCCGGGGUUUCCAGUUCACUUCUACCACAAGGACAUUUUGUUCUCGAUUGGCAACAUGAUCGGCAGAUCGAUUAAACUGGACUACCACACUCAGAAUCAACAAAGAACUAAGUUUGCCCGGGUGGCGGUUGAAGUCGAUCUAACCAAGCCUUUGGUGCCCCGGGUUCGUCUUGAUGGUAAGUGGCAGAAAGUCGAAUUUGAGAACCUUCCGACUGUGUGUUUUGAGUGCGGAAUGGUGGGGCACACUAAAGUUACUUGCCCAAAGAUCCGACAGCAGCUGGUCGUCGCCACACAAGGUGAUGGCAACCCUCCGGUGGUUGACGCCGGCGAUUCUGAGACACCGGAGGUGAAUGGCGGGUUCGGGCCUUGGAUGCUAGUUACGCGGAAGUCCAGGCGGAAUCAGCGGGAAUUACCCACUCGGGAUACUCCUGCUUUGACCAACGAUGCCGUUCACGGGAAUCACAAGUUGCAGAUGGGGAAUGUAGCAGCAACAAAGGAUAUUGCGGAAGGAAACUUUCCUCACCAAGAGACAUCCAAAUCUCGACAUCCUCCGAAGAACCAGAUUCAGAGCAAAUCACUAGGGAACAAAGAAGGGGAUUCGGUGAGGAGAGAAAAGGAAGGGAAUGGCUCCAAAAAGGGAAAGGAGAAGGUGCAUAAUAAUUUUUCUGUUGGUGGGAAUGGGAUUCUGGGCCCAAGCCCAUCUGGCCUUAAGUCUCCAAGCAUGAAGUCCACGGCUGGAAAGGAUAAGGAGGAAGCCUCCUCUUCUAGGGGACAGGGGGAUGGGCUCGAUGGUCGCCUGUUGGGCCUCCAAAAUCUGAAGCUGAAUGUGGAGGGCCCAAUGGCAGUUCCAGCCCAAGUUCUGAAUGGCCAAAACGGCACAAAAAUGCAGAUUGUGGAAGCCUCCAUUUACCCGUCCUCGUCAGCGAGAAAAGAGAACCCGGAUGCCCCCUCGGCGAGCGCUCGGACCAAACAACGAAAGAAAAUCAGCAACGAAGAGCGCCGGGGGAAUCGUGCUUCCCCAUCCAAAGCAAUGAGUGGGCGGAAAAUUUCCUCUAAAGCGUUGCAAAUCUGGACACCCAAGAAGGAGAAGAAAUCCAAACCCAGAGAGAGGAGGGUCUCGGUAACCCUCCAACAGAUCGAAGAAUGGACCGCGGCAGCAGGAAUUAGAGAGGGGAUAAACGGGGGCCAAUCGUCUUCUGUCCUUCAAGGCGAUGAUGGAAGGGAAACGAGAGCCAGCUCGGAGACCCCGCCCCCUGCCUAA